AGCUCCCGCUGCUGUCCAUCCUUCUCAGCGGUGUGCCUUCUGGACAAACUGCCUCAGUUUCUUCCAGCUGCAACCAGUUGUCUUCAGCAUGGGGGAGCAGAACCACUCUGCUGGAAAAGAGCUUCAGCACAGGACACGAACAGAGGCUCCAGCAAAGAAAAACUGGCACCCCCAAGCCUACACUCUUGGGGCCAUUUCCAACUUUAUGUCUACUUUUCUGACCUUUCCUAUCUAUAAGGUGGUAUUCCGGCAGCAGAUCCAUGCUAUGGCAGUGUCAGAGGCUGUGAGACAGCUUUGGCAUGAAGGUCCUCAGUACUUCUACAGGGGAAUCUACCCUCCUCUUCUCUCCAAGACAUUGCAAGGGACUCUGCUAUUCGGGACUUACGAUAGCCUGCUGUGCUCUCUUUCCCCUGAUGGGCCACAUUCCCUGGGACACCGAUGGACUGCAGGACUCAUGUCUGGGGUGGUGGAGGCUGUGGCACUCAGCCCCUUUGAAAGAGUUCAAAAUGUCCUCCAGGAUGGUCGCAAGCAAGCUCGCUUCCCCAGCACCUUCAGCAUUCUCAAGGAAUUCAACUCUUAUGGGCUGUGGGGGCGGCUGUCACUGGGCUAUUAUCGGGGUUUCUGGCCUGUCCUUGUCAGGAAUAGCCUGGGGAGUGCUCUCUAUUUCUCUUUCAAGGAUCCUAUCCAGGAUGGCUUGGCAGAGCAAGGCCUGCCCCAUUGGGUUCCUGCACUGGUGUCUGGUAGUGUCAAUGGAACAAUCACCUGUCUAGUUCUGUAUCCUCUGAUUGUGCUGGUUGCCAAUAUGCAGUCCCAUAUUGGCUGGCAGAGAAUGCCAAGCCUGUGGGCUUCUGCCCAGGAUGUGUGGGACACUCGGGGUCGAAAGGUACUCCUGAUCUACCGAGGAGGUUCCCUGGUUAUCCUAAGGUCCAGCGUGACGUGGGGCCUCACUACUGCUAUCCACGACUUCCUGCAGAGGAAGUCUCACUCCAGGAAAGAGCUGAAAGACUGACUAGCUGCAGGAAGUGUGGCCAUGGCAUCUUUGUUCUUCUCAAUCUUCCAUGGUUGCUCCUAUCUAACUUACUUCUUUGGCUUGGUUACCUAAUGCAGCCAUUUUUUAGCAUCUGUCAUUGCAGAAGUUCCCAACUACUAGCCUGUUGGGAACAGACAAAGCCCAACAGGAACUUUUGGUCAGAAAGAGAAAGUCCCUCCAGUCUAUCCACAGCUUCAGGAGCCUCAGAGCCAGAAGGCCUUUAAAUAACUUGUAACCUAGAUUAAAUGUCAUUCUUUUAAGGGAUUCCUUAAUAAGAAGACAGUUCAGCAGAUGAAUUGACUCAGGCUUUCUGAGUUCUGGGACCACUCCAGGUGUCCUCCAGACCAAAUUGAGAUCUCCAAUUUCAAAGAACUAUUCUUGACAUUGAAGAUGGAGAUUCCAUGAACCUUCUCAGAUUGUCACAUUCACUGCCUCUACCCCAAUCACUAACCCUUCUUCAGGCUACAGGGCCUAGUUUCAGGGUAGCAGCUGUGGCUGGAAAUCUUAAAUUUGGUUCGCUUCAUCUCAUCAGGUGCCACAAGAUCUGGUGGGGCCAAAAAUGUAAGUGUGAAGAAAUUUGGUUCCUGAUGGAAAUAAUAUAAGACUUUGAAAGAUGAGAUUUAAUUACAUGCAAAAUAGAAAAAAAUACAAUAUGUUGCUUGGUGUUACCUGCUGGGACAUUUUUGAUAUCAAGGUAACAUGGCCUAGAAACUACUUGAGUUUCCCUAAGAAAUCUGGAAGUGAAAUCACCAUAUCUCUUCACAAAUAAUUAUGUGUUUUGUUGAUGUGGAUAGUUACUAUGACAUAAAGAUCAGAAAUUUUAGUCCUGUCAUUCAGAGACAUUAAAAAUAUGGUCUCCCUAUAACUUAAACAUUAACACACUGCUCCCACUUAUGUGGACCCCAUAAGCCAGCCAAAAUGAAUUAUUGUUUCCUUCCCAAACAUGCCAUGAACUUAACCCAUGGUCAUACUUUGGCCCAUGCUAUUCCCUCUUUGCCUGCAGUUCUUCUUUUGGCCAGUCUGCCAAAAUCCUUCUAGUUCUUCAAAGCCCAGCUCAGAUACACCUUCUGUAUGGAGCGUCUUCUCCAUUUCCCCUACCUGAAUGUGACAUUAGUAUCUUAUGAUGCCCCUUUCCAACAGCACAUCAAUGUGGCACUAUUUCCAUAAUGUCACUGAUUUGGCUUCGUGUUCUUGGUGUUCUUCAAUACCUCCUACUAGACUGUAAAACUUCUUGAAAGCAGGGAUUCUUGUAUAUGAAUUUUUAAAUCCUCCAUUGUGCCUAGGUGCUCAAUAAUGUUGGUGAAUUAUUGAAUCGAUUAUCAAGCUGUGAUAUGGUCUAUAUCCUCAGGGUGCUGUCCCUUGUACAUGAAGAUAAUGUUACUUACUCAUUGUCAGCAAGAUACAUCCCUUUUGGGGUGUGUUUUGUUUUCUUUUAAUAGUGGAUUUAGUUUUGUGCUAAUGAUAAUGAUUUCAACAAUGAUGAUAAUAAUAAUAAUAAUAACACAA